AGUCCAGCACAAAUCUCUCCUAGACAUGAUGAACAGCGCUUCUGGCAAGAGCUGCUGUCACUAAAGCCCAACUGUAUCUUUCUAACACAAAAACUAUCUACACUUUCCAAGGACGAGUGCCUCACUUCACACAAGCUCGUGCUCCAUGCCCUCUUUACUGUCUGCAUCAUAUUUGCAGCCAACCGUAAGGGCAAAGAGACCUGCACCCACACAACCAACAUGCUCUCCAUCAUGCUAUGCACUGUACUUGCCAAGAACCUAGCAGGCUGGGAGGUGAUGGGAAUAUUUGCUAACAGGGUGUUCAUGGAGUUUGUUGGGAUGGUUGCAGACAUACUUGGCGAUGAUGAUGCUCCUGAGGCUCUUCGACAUCAGGUUCUUCAACUAGCUGUUGUCUUCAUGUGUAGCAUCAGCCAGUUAAGCCCGGGUGCAUAUUUCCUGCCCCAAGACCUCUUCCCUUGCAUUUCUAAGGUCAUCACAUCCCCAGAUACUCAACACUUUACU